AUGGGAUCUCUAAAUGUCGCAACGUGCGUGGACCCGCUCAGUGGCUGCGUGAAUGAUUCGGCCACUGUUUACCAGGACGUCAAUGGCGUUCGAUGGAGUUUUCUGCUGAACUAUACCAACCUCUCGUUCGGCACGUAUGGCAACAACAAGUUUUACAUGAUGCAGCUGAUCCAGGACGGCUCCAAGUACAUGAUCUUUCGCAAAUGGGGACGAGUUGGAGCGAAAACGCCGCAGCGAGCUCUGGAAGAUUAUAACACGGCUUUGGAGAAAGCACAGGCAUCGUUUGCGAAGAAGUUCCUGGACAAGAGCGGGAAUGAAUGGCCACUGACGGGACCGUUCAGAAACGUGAGCGGAAAGUAUGUGCUUGUCGAGCUGGAUGACAAAGCGCCAGUGGACGAAAAGGACGAAGAAGCGGGCGCAGAGGAAGAAGAAGAGGAAGAAGUGCUGUCAACGUUGCAUGAGACUGUUCAAGGCGUCGUAAAGCUCAUUUGUGAUGCCGAUUUGAUCGCACAAGAAGUAGCAAACAUGAACCUCGACUUGGAGCGACUCCCCUUAGGCAAGCUGUCAACGCGUCAAAUCUCGCAGGGGUAUGCUUUACUGCAACAGCUAUCAGCAGCACUCAAGGAAAUCGAAGAUCUGAGCAGGGCCGUUGCAAACGCAGAUGAAGCAGAACGAGGACAGCGACCGAAAACGCGUCGAUCUGCUCGAGUCAAGCAACCGGCCACCCCGCAUGCUGCUCAAAUCCGUCGCUUGAAAAACAGUCUCAAGACGCUCUCGAGCGACUUCUACACGCUCAUUCCACACGACUUUGGGCGAAAGUUGCCGCCUGCAAUCGAUUCCCUGGACGAAGUGAAGCUGAAGAUCGACUUGCUCGAAGUGCUCGCGGACAUUGAGAUUUCGCAAAAGCUGCAGGCUGAGAAGAAGAAGAACGCAAAGACUCGUGACGGUACCAAGUUGAACUCUCUUGAUGUGCAGUACAACCUGUUGAACAUCCGAAUGGAUCCGUUAUCUGAAUCGACUGACGAGUUCAAGAUCAUUGAAAAAUAUGUGAAGACGACGCAUGCUCCGACUCAUGUGCAGUACAAGCUGCGCAUCAAUUCGGUUGUGGCGAUUUUGCGUCCAGACGAAGAGAAGUAUGCAGACGUUUUCAAGUCCGUGGACAACCACAUGUUGCUAUGGCACGGAUCUCGUUUGUCGAACGUCGUGGGCAUUUUGUCAAAAGGACUUCGUGUUGCUCCACCUGAAGCCCCCAACAACGGGUACAUGUUUGGCAAAGGAAUCUACUUUGCUGACUCGGUGUCCAAGUCUGCAAACUAUUGCUGGGCAUCGCCACAGAACCCAAAGGGUGUGCUCAUCUUGGCGGAAGUGGCUUUGGGAACGACGUACCUAGCACGAGAAGCGGAAGAUUUGACAUACACCACGUUGCAGAAAUCCAAACGUUGCGACAGCACGUUAGGCGUCGGUCGAAUGGCUGCUCCCGUCAAAGGCUACGAGACCAUUGAUCACGACGUUGUGGUUCCUGUCGGCGAAUUUGAGCCUUCCGAAAGCGACGGCGCACUGCUCUACAACGAGUUUAUCGUGUAUCGCCAGGAGCAAGUGAAGUUGCGCUAUCUUGUCAGCCUUGACUUUCUCUAUGAGCAAGAAGACGAGGAGUGA